AUGCCUACGGCCGUCCACGCAAAGCCCGCCGUGGCCAAGAAGGAACGCGUGGUUGGCUUCUACGAAGACCCCGUCAUCUCAUUCUGCCGUCCUGUAAACACUUCCGAGAGCUGGGCUGCCUACCACUUUGAGAUGCACGCCAGGAAGUGUGCUCACUGCCACAACGCCUACGAAGUCCACCGCAACCACGAGCGCCUCUGUGAUGUCGGCCACGGCCUGGCCCAGGAUGUCGCCCGCUACAUCUACCACAAGUCUGGAGCCACCUACUCCACCAUGGAGGAGAACAACAAGCUUGUCCGCGUCGAGAUCCCAGCCGGUUACGUUGAAGUCUGCAGCCUCCUCAAAGCCAUUGAGCGUAGCCUCCGCCACCGAUCACGCAGGCCCUUUGUCUCCAUGGACCGCAGCUACUACGUCGCUCCCCGCUCAUCACCACCACCCGCCUCUCCCCCACGACGAAGCAACACUGUCAAGGUCGAGCAAGAGCCCAAGAUCAAGUCCGCCCGACCACGAACCGACGACAUUGUUGACUGGCCUCAACACACCGUCACCACCACCACCAAGGCAAAGCGUCCACUUUCUGAGAUCAGCAACACCCCAAACUCCAAGCGCGGUUCCCUCUACGAGGAGGACCUGGCCAAGCAACGCCGCAACGCAAAGCACUACGCCGUUGAAGUCCGCGAGCCAACCAACCGGGACAUCCGCGAGCAGCGCUCGUCUGGCUACUACCGAUGA